GGGACAUAUUGGAAGAUGCACGGUAACCGCGGUCGGCGGUCGACGGUCGACGCUCGGCGCUCAGGUGUGAUAAGGCGUGAUGUCAGCGGCGCGGCGGCAGGCGGCAGCGCUCGGCCGCGCGCUCAGUCACAACUCGCUCGCGACCGCGGCGCACUACGUGCCCAGCAGCGUGCGAUGAGCGCGGACGGCUCGCGCUGGCCCGUGGGCAUUCUGCGGCGCAGCGGCGCUCGCGCGGCCCGCCGCGUGCUGCACGUCAAGUACAGGAGCGUGCCCGCCUCGCCGCCGCCUGCCAGGGUGCUCCCCUUCGAUGUCGAUGACACUGUCUCCUGUUUCUGCAGGAAGGCCCGCCGCAAGGAGCGCGAGGGCGAGGGCGGCGGCGACCCCAAGUUGUACCUGCAGGAGGCGCUGCUGGAGCGCAAGCUGCCCGAGCUCGACAUGCGCCAGCUGGUGGAGCUGCCGCACGGCCUCGACUACAACGAGUGGCUCGCCUCGCACACGCUGGCGCUGUUCGAGCACGUGAACCUGCUGUACGGCACCGUGUCGGAGUUCUGCACGGCGGCGAGCUGCGGCGACAUGGCGGGCCCGGGCGGCCGCUCGUACGCGUGGUACGACGAGCGCGGCAAGAAGUCGCGCGUCGCGGCGCCGCAGUACGUCGACUACGUCAUGACCUACACGCAGAAGACCAUCAACGACGAGACUAUCUUUCCCACUAAGUAUGCGAACGAGUUCCCGGCGCAGUUCGAGGCGGUGGUGCGGCGCGUGGUGCGGCUGCUGUUCCACGUGGUGGCGCACCUGUACGCGGCGCACUUCCGCGAGCUGGCGCUGCUGCGGCUGCACGCGCACCUGCACCUCACCUUCGCGCACCUCACCGCGCUCGACCGCCGCUUCGCGCUGCUCGACGCCAAGGAGACCGAGGUUCUCCGCGACUUGGAGGUGGCGCUGCGGCUGACGGAGCCCGCGAGUGCGGGGGCCGCGGGGAGCGCGUGGGACACAGCAGUGCACACUGCACAGUGCGCUCUGCCAUGGCCGGGCCCCGUCACAGCGGCCGAAGAGGCGCCGUCACGCACGAAUUUUUGCAACGAACGUCGUCCGUCGCCGUCAGCUCUAUAUACAGAUACUUGGUCCACAUACAAUGUUUACGAGACGAGAGAGGAAACAUGA